GGGGCCGGUCAGCAAAGGGUUCCGGCCAUGGCGAGUGCACCGAAGCGGGUCCGCCGCGCGUCCGGCCCCGACGCCCUGGCCGCCUUCCUCGAGUGGUGCGACCGCGUCGGCCUAGUGCGAAGCCCUAAGGUCUGUGUGAGCAGAGAAGGCACAGUGGCUGAUUAUGGCUUGAUAGCCAAAGAGGAUCUUCAGGCUGGAGAAGUCCUUUUCACUAUCCCAAGAAAUGCACUCCUUUCACAACACACAAGCCCAUUAUCUUCCCUUCUGGAGAAAGAACAAGCCUCCUUGAAAAGUCAGUCUGGCUGGGUCCCUCUCCUGAUUUCUCUUCUUCAUGAAUCCACAAUCAGUGACUCUUACUGGGGGCCUUACUUUUCCCUGUGGCCUGGUUUCAGUACUCUGGAUCACCCUAUGUUCUGGAGUGAAGAAGAGCGGCAGAGGCUUCUACAGGGUACGGAAAUCCCAGAAGCUGUGGACAAAGAUCUGGCCAAUAUUCAGACGGAGUAUUCGUCUGUCAUCUUGCCCUUCCUGAAGGCCCAUCCAGAAGUCUUCAACCCUAAGGUGCACACACUAGAGCUGUACAAGAAGCUGGUGGCAUUUGUCAUGGCAUACAGUUUCCAGGAGCCUUUGGAGGAGAAUGUGGAAGAUGAAGAGGAGCCCAACCCUCCUGUGAUGGUGCCCAUGGCAGACCUUUUGAAUCAUGUGGCCAACCACAAUGCCAACUUGGAAUAUUCCACAGAAUGCUUGAAAAUGGUAGCGGUUCAGCCCAUCAGCAAAGGCCAAGAGAUCUUCAACACUUAUGGCCAGAUGGCCAGUUGGCAGCUCCUCCACAUGUAUGGUUUUACUGAACCAUAUCCUGGAAAUAGGGAUGAUGCCGCUGACAUCCAGAUGUUGACGCUGUGCAAAGCUGCUCUGCAAGCUAUAAAAACAGAUGCAGAGCAGCAGCUGGUCUUGGAAAAAUGGGAUCUUCUUUGUCAGAUGGAGAUGGUGGGUGAGGAAGGAGCCUUUGUGAUUGGCUGGGAAAAGGUUUUGACUGGAGAGGAGUUGUCCAUGGCAUUGAAGGUGCUGGGUAUGACUGCAGAGGAAUUCAGCAUGUUCAAAGAGCAAGAGGAUUGGGAAGAUGACAUAGGUGAGAACGGGAACAGUGACUGGACACUCUCCAGGAUAUCAAUGCUCAAGGCAUCUGAGAAGAAACUGUUGUUUGAUGCCACGCAGUUAACCCUGCAGGCAUACGACUCUGAUUUGAAAACAGAAGAAGAAAUGCUCAGCGACCAACAGGCCUUUUCAAAACUGAGCUGCCGGGAACGGUUUGCUCUACAAGUUCGUUAUGGACAGAAGAAAAUUUUGCACCAGUUACUUGAGCUAGUGAGUUCAUAGUAGCAAAGACAGUGGGCCUCUAGCCUUCUCUCCUUAGGUGAAGGAUACUGUCUGGAACAGUAUUGGACUCCUGCUGGGGAAUGCUUUGAGGGCAGAGGGUAAACUGCUGCACUCUUUUGAUCAGUGAAUUGAACUGCUAUAGACCAGUCAUUAAUUUUCUUAUUUGGGGCAAGACACUUGAGCAGGUGGUGGUACACCCGCUUACUGUUUAGAUCCAUUUAAUUCUAGCUUCAGAUCAUUUUUGGACAUAACCUGUCAUUCCAAAAUAGCCUUCUACCAUCUGCAAAGCUACUAGGCAGUUUACAAGCCAGCUCAUUAAAGAAAGGUAUUGCCUUGGACCCAGUUAGCUUUUCCACUCAAUUUCACAUGGCAUUUGUUCAUGCAGAAUCCAUGAUCACCGGUAUAGCUUUUUUUGAGUGGUCAAAAGGAAACCGUUCUUCCUUUUUCAAAAGCAGAAAACGUGCUUGGAUCCAACGUAUUAAAAUCAGUCACAACCAAACAUCCAAUAAAUAACCUGUGGAAACUAACAUAACUCAAAUGGUAGCUGACCGGGUGGGCUUAAAGGAGGACUCCACCAGGUGGAAACCUGGACAAGCCCAGAGGUGGCACGUGCUGCUUUCAUGGGAAAGAUGGUUCCUCGUGUUGGCAGGUCUUAAGAUGUGUAAGGCUUUAAAGAUUAUAACCAGUACCUUAAAAUGGACCCAGACCCAAUGAAGUUUUCCAGAAGUCAAGGGAGGCAGUGGACAUUCUGACCAUAUGGGUGGAGACUGUAACAGAUCUUUCAGUCACAGUGGGCUAGAUGAACAUAAAUAAAUUGAAAUUUAAUCCAGAUAAAGAUUGAGGCAACUGGGGACCAUACCGGUUGGAAGAGUUGGGAUUCAGCCAGUUCUGGACAGGGUUGCCCUUCUCAAGGAUCAGGUUCAGAGAUUGGGGGUGGUGCCAGUUGCACUAGAUAAGACUUUCUACCUCAGCAUCUUUCACCUUUCAAGUGUAAAGGCUGGAGCUUAUAAAAACUUCCAAAUAUGUAUUUUGAGGCAAGCCUUUGAAGAUGAGAUCAGGAAAAGAUAUUGCAGCUAACUAGCGAACGCAUUUAUCAGUGAAAUUUGUAAAGGAAACAUAUCAAGAGACAAGGGGUGCAAAUGAGACGCCAUUUCCAACAGCUUGCUUUCAGUGGGCCAAAGAAGAUGUGGGUCUUGUAUCUGGAAUGUCUGCAAACUUUGCAAAGCAUGGGAUGCACACAGCAAACUUAUGUGAUAUGCAUCUCUAAGAAACACGGAAUUCUAGAAUUCACAUUAUGAUGGAUUUACUGAACAGCUAAGGUACUCUGACCAGUCCUCACUGUAGAUUUGUAUUCAUGUGAUACAAAGAUGUGUUUUCUGUUUUUUUUAAAGUUUCUUUAAAUAAAAAUCCAAGACUUUCAAGAGUU